AUGAAGGACCAGAGUGGUGCAUACCUGGCAGUGAAGGAGCCGACACCUGGAAUGGGAAACAAGGUGGUCAUCGUGGGCUUUCCGGAGUGCGUGGUCCGCGCCAAGGAGUUGGUGGUUUCUUUCCUGAGCCACGAGGCCGCCGCCGCAGGGCCAGGGCCAGGGCCGGGCUUCGGAAUGGCAAUGCCGCCACAACCGCCCGUCAAUGCCGUGAGACCCAUGCACGGCCAGGUCCCUCCGAUGCCUGCGCCUGGGUGGACCGGUCAGGGCAUGGGCUCCGGCAAAGGAAUGCCUGGCGGAAAGGCCAUGGGAAAGAUUGAGGACAUAAUGGGUUGCUCGGCUUGCAGCGUUCACUUUGAGGCGCCGGAUGCCGGCACUUGGACACCAGGCAAAGGAUACCGUGUCUUCUGGCAGGUUGGCAUGAUCCCUCUGCUUGGCAGGGCGAGGGGCAUCAGUGGGGUGUGGCCCAAGGUGACUGGGGGCCUCCUCAGCCAUGCCGCGGCCAGUUCGGGAAAGGCUGCAGACUACGCCGGAGUGAUUCACACAGGCCGCCAAGAUCAUGGCAGCGGCGGGAACGGCUUUGAUGUGCGCAGCCAGGGCAAGGGUGGGUCGAUGGAUGCCUGGAGCCACGCGGCAGCGAGCCAGGAACAGUGGCACGGAUACGGCAACGACCAACAAGGAGGCUGGGGCCACUGGUCUCCGCAGGCAGAGUGGGACGAAAGAUGGGGCCCAUGCGAUGGUUCCAAUGGCUCAGGCCAGAAGGGGGCUGCGCCGAUGCAUCAUGCAGCUCGGCAUCAAGCCUCCGCCUAUGGCGGCGAUGUCGGCGACUACGGCCAUCAUCCCGAAUGGGGCAGCCACAUGUGA